AUGUCUCAUCCAUCUCCACCUUCUUAUGAUGUGGCUGCUUCUUCGCAUCGAAAUUCGACUCGUCUCUCGACCACUUUGACACCUCAAGACCUCAAACCAUCGGCGGUCAAUAACAUGGCGAUGCCUCCUCCACUGAGUCAAUCACCACCUUACACACCUCCUUCGAUCUUGACCAGUGGCAUGCCAACUGCCAUUGAAAUGGUUUCCAUGCCAGUGGGUCAAUCCGUUGGAAUAGCCACAAGUCCAUCCCUUAGUCCAAUAAGUUCCGGUGGAGGUGUUCCCGUAACUGGUCCACCACGAGGUUCUCAAUGUCAAAUUCAAGCUCACCCUCUUCUGAAUAGAAAUUCUGUUGCAAUUCCAACCUCAUCGUCACCUCCAUCGAAUAAUCGACAUUCAUGGCAAAUUGCAGGGGACAUUUUGGAGCCUUUGAGAACACACUCACCUCAAGAGGAUAUCAGAAGUCAUUUAUCAAAUCGAAAUUCAGUCCAUGUUCCAUCUCCAUCUCUUGUUGAAGCAAAAGUGAGACCACCUUCCUAUUCGCAAUCCAAGUUCGACGAAACCUCUACAACAGCCACACAAAACAUAUUACAAGCAUCUAUCUCUUCAAGCGAUCGAAAUCAGUCCAUUGUUGAGAGUGACAUUAAAACAGACUUCUCUCCACCUCCUGCCGUGACACCUAUUCCUAAUUUUCAUCACCAUUUUGUCAAUUCUCCAGUGGGAACAGGCAGAGACGCAAUGAAUAUUAAUAACUUGAACUCGGAACAAAUUCCAGACAAACUCGCCUCUAGUACUCCAAGAAAAAUUCAAGAAAAAUCAACCUUAUCAAAAACAAUUUGGGGAUGUUGUGGAUUUUUCUGCAUUUGUCCAAUGCUUUGCUUUUUAUGUUUCUUUUCCAUCAUUGAACUGAUUGCAAUUAUUGUAUUUCAGUACAUUUCAACACAUAAUUUGGAUCCAACUUCAACAUCGGAAGAUUCUUCCAUAUUUUCAAUGGUUCUGGUUGCUCAGAUUGCAACAUUUGCUGCUGUGAUCAUGUGUUGUGUGGUUUCGUCUUUGAUGGCCACAUCCGCCAUGUGUGACAAUACCUUGUCCAAAGUGGAAACUAAGAAUCGAUUCAUAGUUGCAAUGAUUACCUUAAUUAUUGGAUUAAUUUUUAUCAUGUUACUAAUGCUGCGAGGUGGACUCGAAGGUUAUACCACAAAAGUUUUGUUUGAAAGAAUCAUGCCCGGAUUAUCCAGUAAUUUCAUGAACUCACUGACUACUCAAUUCAAUUUUAUUCCUUCAGCGAUUGUGGUACUCAUGUUUUUCCUGUGCAUUUUGACUGUACUCAUUUGUGGAGCCAUUGGAUUUUGUUGUGUGUGUUGGUUCUGUUGUUGUUCGACCAAUUUGUUUGUCAAGCAAUUGAAACGAGCCAAGAAACAAAAGAUGGCCACUCCUUAA